AUGGAGUGGGAAGCGCAGUGUCUCGAGUGCGACGAAGUGCUGGACGACGACGACGAUCUGCUGAGCACGCAAGAGUCCGACCCUGGCCAGACGCACGGGUUCGGGCUCGGCGACGCGCCCUGGACGACUGAGCUGUCGGUCGAGAUGCAGAGCCUCGUGGCGCUCGAAGACCGCGACGGAGACAGCACGUACGGUGCAAUGCUGCGCCAAGAGCUCGUGCGACCGGACUUUGGCCGCGAGUACGAGUACCUCAAGUACCGGCGCGUGCUCGUGGACUGGAUGGCCGAAGUCGGGGAAACGCAUCUGCGCAUGCGCAAAGAGUACGUGCACGCGGCAGUGGGGUACUUGGAGAAAGUGCUGGCGCGGGACGAGGCCCUGCCGCGCAAGGACCGGUUCCAGCUGCUGGCGCUGUGCUGUUUGCGCGUGGCGCUCAAGUUCCUCGGCACGGAAGAAGAGCUGCCGCCGAUGGCCGAGUUCUGGGAGAUGGGGAACCGAAUGUACUCGUUCGACGAGAUCAACGACGCCGAAGCCGACGUUUUCCAAAAACUGGGCUUGCGACUGACAGGUGUGAUGCCGCUGCACUUUUUGCAAUACUAUAUGGGCCAGACCGUGCUGUUUGCCAACGACCGAGUGCUGGGAUCGGACCUCGUGGACGAAGCGCACGGAUACUACUGCAAGUACGCCGAGUUUUUCGUGGACCUGGUGUUGCAGGAGUAUGCGUUGCAGGUGUACCGUCCCUCCGUCGUAGCUGCUGCCAUCUUGGUAGCAUCCCGCAAGGCGUUGGGGGUCACCCCACUGUGGAGGGACGAACUGUCGACGCUCACUGGCUACGAUGAGCAGCAAGUGACGCCGUGCUUUCGAGCUGUCUGGCAGCACUUUGAAACGACCUUUGGUCCUCGAAGCAAGAAACACGAGCGGGACGAGUCCCCGUCCAGCGUGGCUGGGUUUUGA